CGAGAAGACACCACAAAUACCCUCUCAAGUCUCAUGCGUUUCCAUCUUUUGCUUUUAAGACCAGUUUGCUAGAAAGUGAGAGUUGUUGAUUUUUCCUUCAGCAAAAGACUGCAUAACUCCCCUUUUCCCCCCUCUUUAAUCCAUGGAUACUGCUACUCAGUGGGCACAGGGGAUUGGUGCUGUUAAUCCAAUGGAAGGUUCAAGGCCUGAUGUGUUAGAGAGAAGGGCAAGGCCUCAAAAGGAUCAAGCUUUGAAUUGUCCAAGGUGCAAUUCCACUAAUACCAAAUUUUGUUACUACAACAACUAUAGUCUUUCUCAGCCAAGGUACUUUUGCAAGACUUGUAGAAGGUAUUGGACUGCAGGUGGGUCUUUAAGAAAUGUUCCUGUUGGUGGUGGUUCAAGAAAGAACAAGAGGUCAUCAAGUACUGCAUCAACAUCAGCAGCAGGAGCAGCUGCUUCAAAGAAGUUUCCUCUUGAUCUGACCCAACCAAAUCCCCCCCAUUCAGCUUCUCAAAACCCUAAGAUCCAUGAAGGUCAAGAUCUAAAUCUAGCUUACCCCCCAUCAGCUGACGAUUAUAGUAAUUUGUCUGAGUUUGUUGAGAUACCUUUUGAUACUGAAAGCAACAAAACCCACCAUCAAAACCCUAAUCCUUCAAGUACAUCUCCCUCUCAUCAUCAUCAUCACGUCUCACCCAUGGAGUUUCUCAAGAGUACUGCCAUGAAUUCAAGAGGAUUUAGUGCUUUCAUGUCAAUUCCAUCACUAUCCGAUUCAAACAACACCAUGUUUUCAACUGGGUUUCCUUUACAAGAAUUCAAGUCAACUCAGAAUUUUUCUUUAGAAGGGCUUGAAAGUGGGUAUAGUAACACUCAAGGGGUGCACGAGACUUGUGGUAGUGCAAGGCUUUUGUUUCCUAUAGAAGACAUGAAGCAACAAGUUCCAAGCAAUACUGAAUUUGAACAGAAUACCAGAGAGCAAAGAGAUAGUGCUCCAGCUGGGUAUUGGAAUGGAAUGUUAGGUGGUGGAUCAUGGUAAUUAACAGAGAUGAUGGAAAAAUGUUUAGCCUUGUGUUUGAUCUUAAUAUAGCCCCUCCCCCCACCUUUUUUUUUUCUUCACCUGGUGAGUGACUUGUUAUAUGUUGAAUCAAAACUAGCUAACAGGUAGGGUUCCAUGUCUCUCUCUUGCUUUCGUCUCUAUCCUUAUUUUCCCUCCCUUCUCUUGACUUCAUCUUGCUUGGUCUUCUUCCUCACUCCUACUCAAUGUGGAUGCAUGUUUGAAGCUUAUUUUAGCUACGGCUUCAAGAUGGAACAAGAAGUCUACAGGCUUCACUUAAAUUGAGAACAAAGAGAAUAUGUACUUACCUAGCUCUCUCUUUUGGGUUUCACGUCAAGAGUUACUUGUUGGUACCUACCUAGCUUAAGUUUGGACAUAAGUGUUCUAAGUGUGUAACAUGUACUGUGAUGAGGAUGAUGUUGAACAUGAUUUGACUAGUUUUGUUAAUAUUUUUAAUUAAGAACUGGGAUUUGCGGUA